UGGGAGCAAAAUGUCCUAAGUGGUCGAGAAAUUAGUGUAAGGUAGAAGAAAAUUCUUUUCGGAUUUCUUCAAAUAGUAUUCGGUCUAAAAUUGUGGCUCUCUCCAUGGUCCGUCGUUCGAGAGUUAAAAAUCGCAUUACAUUAUAUUUCUUACUUUUUUAGGAAAAUGAUCCAUUAUUUCAUAGGGAUCAACAGGUGUAUACGCUACCCUAUAUUAUUUGCAGCGUUUGGCGAGCGAGAUGGAAGAAUUUUUCAGCACAAGUACGGUGAAUCUGAAACGAGCAGAAAUAAUUUGUUACAUUCUGACGAUCACUUUCUUCACUGGCGGUAUGCUUUUCGCGGUCAUGCCUUUGUUCACGAAGAAACACACGACACCGAUAGAUACAGUGUAUUUCAUGCUGCCAAGAGACAAGCAGUGGGGUCAAAGUUUCAUUUACGCCUUGAAUAUAAUGCAGAUUAUAAACGCUGGUUCGUCACUUUUCCUCGAUAUGCUUAUGAUCUGGAUCAUGUGGCACGUUGCUUGUAAAUUUAAUCUAUUGGCGAGGGAAUUCACGAUUUUCGAGGAAAAGAAACUGAAAUUUUGGAUCAAGCGACACCAGGAUGCUCUCAGCUACGUCAACGAAAUCAAUUCAAUUAUAGCUCCAUUAGCUGUGAAAUCAACAUUUGCCGUGGGAAUUGAUAUAAUCGUCUCUGGCGUUGUAACCACACGCAAUCUGAAUCUCGUAGAAUUGACGAAAUUCUUCAUAGUAACCAUGUUUUCCUUGCUGAGGUUCGUUGCUUGCAGCUGGGUGGCUGAUACGAUGACCGAAAAGGCUCGCAAUAUUGCUGGGAAGAUUUAUGGCUCCCCGUGGAUCUAUACGCGUCCAAGAAUGAGAAAAAUGGCUCUACUAAUUAUGCAGAGGUGUCAGAAAUCUGUGGCAAUUCACACGGGUGGAUUUCUAUCCGCUUGGACUUUAGAAUUCUGCGGUCUGGUCCUCUAUACGAUUGUUACCUAUUUGAUGACGUUGAGAGCUAUAAUACGUGUAUAAACAUUCGAAUAAACGAAUUU